AUGGUUGAAACAAGUGACUUAAUGAAUAUUGAAAUGGUGAAUACAAUCUGUGCAAGUCAGUCAUCUUCAGCAUCAUCCAACGAUUCGUCCGCUCAUAACGGUUUCACUAAUUGUCAGAAUUCGUUUAUUGCUGAUAAUAGUAAUAAAGCAAAUGAUGAUAUGUCAUCAAAAGAUCUAAAGCAAAAUGGCAUUUGUGAUGCUGCUAUAAGUAUUGAAGGAAUGUCGAAUGAUAUCGAAACUGAUGUUGAAAAGCAAUCAAAUUCUUUCCUUUCAGAAGAACAAGAGAGAGAAUCAUCUUUAAUAAAUGGUAAUAAAGAAGUGGAAAACGGAAAAAGUGACUUGCCUAAUGAACCAACUAAAGGGAAUGAAUCAGUGGGUACCAGGACGUGUAUUUCGAAAGAAAAUAUUCCAGCAGAAACAAAACAGUCAUCAUCCGUUGAAUAUAUAGAACUCGAUGAUGAUGAUGAUGAUGUUGAUGACGAUGAUGACGAUGAUGAUAUUAUUGAAGAGCCUCCAGCUAAGAAAAAAAAAGUAGAACCUCAAAAAUCGCCAGUUCCAGAUGAUCCAGCUGCUGAGAGAACAAAAAAAGUGCCAGAACUGACAAGCAGUGAAGCUCUUUUAGAUAAAUUAGAAGUUUUCGUCAGUAAUGCGAUAGAAACGAAUGACAAUGUUGAUAGAAAGAUGUUAGACGCUCUAUUGCGUGCAAUAAAUAUACAAGUGCAAAGAGAACCGUUGUCUGUGAGGAGGCUCAUUUUAGACAAACAGCUUGUUCUUCCGAAUACAAUUAGUCUCCCACCAUCUCAGAUUGUUGAUUUGUUGAUCGAACACGAUCCAGAAAUCCCUCUCGGGAAAGUAAUUGUAAAAAUGUUCGGAGAGGAACGCCCAAAACUUUCGGAAACGGAUAGGCGUGACAGGCAUUUACUGAAAUUAAGUCAUCCGGCGCCUUUAAUGACGAAGUUAUUGAUGGACAUCGGGCAAGAUCUCGUACAGGAAUCCACUUAUUCAGAUAUAGUACAUGCAAAAAAUUUGCCAGAGACACCGAAAAAUAUGGAAACAUAUAAGCAGGUCGCACAACAACUGAAACCAGUGCUUGAAGCUUUGCGUAAGAAAAAUGAGCCUUAUAAGCUAAAACAGCAUAUGUGUCAGUUGUGUGCAUUCAAGACAGAGUCUCUUAUUGUUCUUGCAUUACAUAAACAAACGCCACAUUUCGAUGGUCGAAAGUAUCAGUGUGGAUUAUGUCCAGAAUAUUUCACGAAUGAAAAUAUGAUUUCUCAACAUUACAUACAACAACAUGAUCUUGUUCCUGGCAAGGAAGAAGCCUUGCCGAGAAACCCGUGUCCAUGCUGUGAUGAAGAUUUUAUGUAUAAAGGACAACGCGAUCAACAUUUAAAAAUGUGCAGAAGAGAUUUAAAUCGCGUAAGGCUUAUCAUGGCCCCCAAAUCACCUCAAGAUGUGUGUGCUAUCAACCAAUGGAUGUGGCCGAAGCCUCCUUUCGACCCGACUAUAUUGCACCAACAGCAAGUUGCUCAGCGCCAGCAAGCUGAAAAGCUUCAAAGAGCACAACUCGCGCAACAGCAACUGCAAAAAAGGAACCAACAAUUCGCUGCUCAAAAAACAUUUUUGGCUCAACAGCAGCAAGCAGCUCUUCUCCUACAACAACAGAGGUUGCGAGCAGCGCAAGUUGUCGCUCAACAAACUAAUAAAGUGAAUUCAUUGAUUAGUAAUCCGUCUCUCGUGGCAGCAAUGCAACAACAAAUUCGAGCGGCGGCUGCUGUAGCUGUAGCAGGAUUGCGAAAUGAUCUUUUUCAGGCACGUGCUUCCAAUAAUGCUAGAACAUUGGCGGCUUCAGCGUCUAGCAUGGCAAAUAGAGCUAAAAAUCCUCAGCAGAUUCCAAAUUCUCGCGCUAUCAAUGCAGUGGCAUCGUCAAGUCAUGGUAGUGGAAAUGUUUGUGAAAUAUGUGAUCAAAAUGUGCAUGAGCGAGAUCGUUAUUUAAGUCAUUUACAGCUAUUCCAUAAACAAAUGAUUGGGAAAAACGUUUCGGACAUGCAACAGGGUGCUCCAUUAGCUUGCAGCCGUUGUCACGACCGGUUCUGGACAUACGAAGGAUUAGAACGGCAUUUGGUAAUGGCUCAUGGAUUAGUGACUUCAGAUCUCUUGACUAAAGCUCAACGUAAGGAAGACGGUGGAAGAUGCAAAUUAUGUGGGAAGCAAUAUGCCUUCAAUAUGCUGCAACAUUUGGUAACCGAUCACAACGUAAAAUUAUGUUCAGCAGAAAUAAUGUAUAGCUGUGAUGUUUGCUCCUUCAAAUGUAGUAGCUAUAGCAGUUUGGAAACACAUCUAAAUACCGUCCACCCGAAGACGCCAUUACAGAAUGCAGCUUCGAGUAAUUUGUCAGCUGGACCAUCUCAAGAUGAAUUAAUGAGAAAGGUUAAAGGAAAUGUCAAUGGCAUACAUUGCAUUGUUAUCUAG